GAGCGGGACUGUAGCGCCAGGGGCCUUCCGGAAAGAGGAGCGCGAGCUCGGCGAUGGCGGCUGCGCCGGCCCUGAAGCACUGGCGCACCACAGUGGAACGGGUGGAGAAGUUCGUGUCGCCACUCUACUUUACCGACUGUAACCUCCGCGGCAGGCUUUUUGGGGCCAGCUGCCCUGUGGCUGCGCUCUCCAGCUUCCUGACGCCAGAUAGGCUUCCCUACCAGGAGGCAGUCCAGCGGGACUUCCGCCCAGCACAGGUCGGCUGCAGCUUCGGACCCACAUGGUGGACCUGCUGGUUCCGGGUGGAACUGACCAUCCCAGAGGCAUGGGUAGGCCAGGAAGUUCACCUUUGCUGGGAAAGUGAUGGAGAAGGUCUGGUGUGGCGUGAUGGGGAACCUGUCCAGGGUUUAACCAAAGAGGGUAAGAAGACCAGCUAUGUCCUGACUGACAGGCUGGGGGAAAGAGACCCCCGAAGCCUCACCCUCUAUGUGGAAGUAGCCUGCAAUGGGCUCCUGGGGGCCGGGAAGGGAAGCAUCAUUGCAGCCCCUGAUCCUGAGAAGAUGUUCCAGCUGAGCCGGGCUGAGCUGGCUGUGUUCCACCGAGAUGUCCACAUGCUCCUGGUGGAUCUGGAGCUGCUGCUGGGCAUAGCCAAGGGCCUCGGGAAGGACAACCAGCGCAGCUUUCAGGCCCUGUACACAGCCAACCAGAUGGUGAACGUCUGUGACCCUGCCCAGCCCGAGACCUUCCCAGUGGCCCAGGCCCUGGCCUCCAGGUUCUUUGGCCAACGUGGAGGUGAAAGCCAACACACCAUUCAUGCCACAGGGCACUGCCACAUUGAUACAGCCUGGCUUUGGCCCUUCAAAGAGACCAUGAGGAAAUGUGCCCGGAGCUGGGUGACCGCCCUGCAGCUCAUGGAGCGAAACCCUGAGUUCAUCUUUGCCUGCUCCCAGGCGCAGCAGCUGGAGUGGGUGAAGAACCGCUACCCUGGCCUGCACUCCCGCCUCCAGGAGUUUGCGCGCCGUGGGCAGUUUGUGCCUGUGGGGGGCACCUGGGUGGAGAUGGAUGGGAACCUGCCCAGUGGAGAGGCCAUGGUGAGGCAGUUUUUGCAGGGCCAGAACUUCUUUCUGCAGGAGUUUGGGAAGAUGUGCUCCGAGCAGUUCUGGCUGCCGGACACCUUUGGCUACUCAGCACAGCUUCCCCAGAUCAUGCACGGCUGUGGCAUCAGGCGCUUUCUCACCCAGAAAUUGAGCUGGAAUUUGGUGAAUUCCUUCCCACACCAUACUUUUUUCUGGGAGGGGCUGGAUGGCUCCCGCGUACUGGUCCACUUCCCACCUGGCGACUCCUAUGGGAUGCAGGGCAGCGUGGAGGAGGUGCUGAAGACUGUGGCCAACAACCGGGACAAGGGGCGGGCCAACCACAGUGCCUUCCUCUUUGGCUUUGGGGAUGGGGGUGGUGGUCCCACCCAGACCAUGCUGGACCGCCUGAAGCGCCUGAGCAAUACGGAUGGGCUGCCCAGGGUGCAGCUAUCUUCUCCAAGGCAGCUCUUCUCGGCACUGGAGAGUGACUCGGGGCAGCUGUGCACAUGGGUUGGGGAGCUCUUCUUGGAGCUGCACAAUGGCACAUACACCACCCAUGCCCAGAUCAAGAAGGGGAACCGAGAAUGUGAGCGAAUCCUGCACGAUGUGGAGCUGCUCAGUAGCCUGGCCCUGGCCCGCAGUGCCCAGUUCCUAUACCCAGCAGCCCAGCUGCAGCACCUCUGGAGGCUCCUGCUUCUGAACCAGUUCCAUGAUGUGGUGACUGGAAGCUGCAUCCAGAUAGUUGCAGAGGAAGCCAUGUGCCACUACGAAGACAUCCGUUCCCAUGGCAAUACACUGCUCAGCACCGCAGCCGCAGCCCUGUGUGCUGGGGAGCCAGGUCCCGAGGGCCUCCUCAUCGUCAACACGCUGCCCUGGAAGCGGACCGAAGUGAUGGCCCUGCCCAAGCCGGGUGGGGCCCACAGCCUAGCCCUGGUGACGGUGCCCAGCAUGGGCUAUGCUCCUGUUCCUCCCCCCACCUCACUGCAGCCCCUGCUGCCCCAGCAGCCUGUGUUCGUACUGCAAGAGACUGAUGGCUCCGUGACUCUGGACAAUGGCAUCAUCCGAGUGAAGCUGGACCCGACUGGCCGCCUGACAUCCUUGGUCCUGGUGGCCUCUGGCAGGGAGGCCAUUGCUGAGGGUGCCGUGGGGAACCAGUUUGUGCUGUUUGAUGAUGUCCCCUUGUACUGGGAUGCAUGGGACGUCAUGGACUACCACCUGGAGACACGGAAGCCUGUGCUGGGCCAGGCAGGGACCCUGGCAGUGGGCACCGAGGGUGGCCUGCGGGGCAGCGCCUGGUUCUUGCUGCAGAUUAGCCCCAACAGUCGACUUAGCCAGGAGGUUGUGCUGGAUGUUGGCUGCCCCUAUGUCCGCUUCCACACCGAGGUACACUGGCAUGAGGCCCACAAGUUCCUGAAGGUGGAGUUCCCUGCUCGCGUGCGGAGUUCCCAGGCUACCUAUGAGAUCCAGUUUGGGCACCUGCAGCGACCUACCCACUACAAUACUUCUUGGGACUGGGCUCGAUUUGAGGUGUGGGCCCACCGCUGGAUGGAUCUGUCAGAACACGGCUUUGGACUGGCCCUGCUCAACGACUGCAAGUAUGGCGCAUCAGUGCAAGGCAGCGUCCUCAGCCUCUCGCUCUUGCGGGCGCCUAAAGCCCCGGACGCUACUGCUGACAUGGGGCGCCACGAGUUCACCUAUGCGCUGAUGCCCCACAAGGGCUCUUUCCAGGAUGCUGGCGUUAUCCAAGCUGCUUACAGCCUAAACUUCCCCCUAUUGGCUCUGCCAGCCCCCAGCCCAGCGCCCGCCACCUCCUGGAGUGCCUUUUCCCUGUCUUCACCCGCGGUCGUACUGGAGACUGUCAAGCAGGCGGAGAGCAGCCCCCAGCGCCGCUCGCUGGUCCUGAGGCUGUAUGAAGCCCAUGGCAGCCACGUGGACUGCUGGCUGCACUUGUCGCUGCCGGUUCAGGAGGCCAUCCUCUGCGACCUCUUGGAGCGACCAGACCCUGCUGGCCACUUGCCCCUUCGGGACAGCCGCCUGAAGCUCACCUUUUCUCCCUUCCAAGUGCUGUCCCUGUUGCUCGUGCUUCAGCCUCCACCACACUGAGUCCCUGGGGCUGGGGUUUUGUUUGUGGAAGGUUCUGGGGACUCCUAAUUUCUGUUUCCCCAGCCUAAAGCAGGGAUCAGUCUCUUCUUGUGGAAUAAAUCCUUGGAUCAGGAA